AUGAUCUUGGUAAUGGCCUUGCUGGGCUUUCUGCGAGCCAUCGUGCAUCAUUUUCGGAAGCGGUGUCCCUGCGGCAUAGUUCUGUGCCACCACAAGGGUGGUGCCGGAAGCCUCUGCCGGUUGAUGAAGCUCGUAAUUGCACGACACAGCCCGACAAGGGUCUUCUUGGAUUGUGAUCAGCUGGAAAAUCUAGACUACCUCUUUGAAAUCGUACGCACCGAAACAAAGAGCGUGGUGGUUGUCCUUGACGGCGAAGCUCCUUUCACGAUCUUGGUCGAGAUCGCAAAACUCCGGCUGGAGAGGCCAAAGCGCGGCUCCGCGCCGUGUGGAAGGGGACGAGGCGAAUCUUCCCAUGCGCAGCUGCAAGAAUGGUGUCAAUCUACGGCCUUGCCCUGCCGGAAUUGCCGCGACACUGCUGCACUCCAUACCAGGUGCAGGUGA